GACGGAAGUACAGGCGAAGAGCACCGGAAAUGGGGAACGGCGACUCUGUGUCCGUCAGUGCGGGUACCGAGCAAGCACUGAGGGUGGGCCGGUGACUGCAUUGACAUGGCAGCCCUCAGCCACGGAAACGUCAAGUUAUCCAAAGGGCAGAAGAAAUUACUGAGGAAACAAGUGAGAGCGCAACAUGUUCUCUUGAGGCACGACGGUAUUGCAACCGUGUCGGGUCCGACUGAACACUUGGUCAUAGCCAAUGGUGGUUUGGGCAAUGGUGUCAGUCGCCAGCAACUACUUGAAGUACUACAGGUGUUUGGGACAGUGGAAACCCUGUUGAUGUCUCCUAAUAAACCACAUGCAUUGGCAACAUAUAGUACAAUUCAAGAAGCCAAGAAGGCUCAUGAUCAUCUUAAUGGACAAGUCUUGAAGACUGAUGGAAGUACCCAACCUAUUACUCUGUAUGUGAAUUUUGUAGAGAAAGUUGUUAGCGAAGGAAGUUCUCCUUUGAGCCUACCACCAGGCCUUCUGGUGAUUGAAGAGGUUAUUUCUCCUGAUUAUGAGAAAAGACUUCUGGCAUUUGCAGAUGGAAGUACAGACUCAAAAGAAAAUGUCCAGAAGUCUUUGAAACAUCGAAAAGUAAAGCACUUUGGAUAUGAGUUCUGCUACGACAACAACAACAUAGACAAAGAUAAGCCUCUACUAGGAGGUCUUCCUGAAAUUUGCGAUGGCAUUUUGGAGGAAUCAUUGGAAAAAGGCUAUGUGAAAUUCAAACCUGAUCAGCUGACGAUAAAUCAGUAUGAACCUGGACAAGGAAUUCCACCUCACAUUGAUACUCAUUCACCAUUUGAGGAUGGGAUUAUCUGCCUGAGCCUUGGAGCAGAGACUGUGAUGGAGUUUCGGCAUCCAGCAGGACAUAGCGUUCCAGUGUUGUUACCUCGUCGCAGUUUGCUGGUCAUGACUGGUGAAUCCAGAUAUCUUUGGAGUCAUGGAAUUACCCCUCGGAAGUUUGAUGUAGUGCCAGCUUCAGAUAUGCAAAAGACUGGAACUAUCAGUGGCGAUGUUAGCAACUUGACCUUGAAUAAAAGGGGAACAAGGACCAGUUUUACUUUCCGAAAAGUCAGGAAGAAACCAUGUGAUUGUCCUUACCGAGAAGUUUGUGACAGUCAAAAUGGUUGCAAAUGCACAGAUCCCCCUCCCUCUAUUCCAGUCACUGAUGGAGAUGCCUCAAAGCUGGAACACAAGUACGUGCAUGAUGUCUAUGACGAGAUUGCUGGCCAUUUCAGCAAUACUAGGCACACCCCUUGGCCAAAGGUGGUUGAAUUUCUCAAAACACUCCCAGAUGGAGCAUUGGUGGCUGAUGUUGGUUGUGGAAAUGGCAAAUACUUGAGCAUUAACAAGGACUUGUUUAUGAUUGGUUGUGAUCGCAGCAAAAGUCUUGUUGAUAUUUGCAGAGAGAGAAAAUUUGAGGUCUUCAUCUGUGAUGCCUUGCUUGUGCCCCUGCGUGGUGGCAUUUGUGAUGCUUGUAUUUCUAUAGCUGUUAUUCACCACUUUUCAACAGAGGAAAGGAGGCUGUCAGCUGUCAAAGAGAUUGUGAGACUACUACGGCUGGGAGGCAGAGGACUUAUCUAUGUUUGGGCAAUGGAACAGGAACACAACAAAGUAAAGUCUAAAUAUCUCAUGGAAAGGAAAGAAAAAUUAGUCCAAUCCAAAACUAAUUGUCCUGAUGUACAAGCAGAAACUGAAUACUCUUGCAUCAAUCAAGAUGCCAAUAGGAUGAAUUUAACUUGUUUGGAGCAGUUACCAGAUGUUAUAAAGGAUCCAAUAGAUAAACAAAAUGGUGCAAAGCUGCCUAUUCAUACAAAUAGAACUUCCUUUGAUUCACAAGAUCUGCUUGUUCCUUGGCAUUUAAAAGGAGUCGGAGGCCAGCACAAAGCUAAUGGUGCCACAACGCUAACUCCUGAAGUCAAAGAACAAGUGGUUUAUCAUCGUUUUUAUCAUGUUUUUUCUGCUGGGGAAUUGGAAAACCUCUGCAGAAGUAUAUCAAAUAUUAGGAUUCUUCAGAGUUAUUAUGAUCAAGGAAAUUGGUGUGUCAUAAUUGAAAAAUGCUAAAAUGAUGUAACUUCAUAUUUAAUUGAUGCAUAUGACAAUAUAGUAUAAUUAGAAUCUUAACAGCAGUGGACUUUUUAAAAGGAAAAACACUUAAUAGAGAGGUAAUAAUGAUUAAAUCAUGUGGUAAUAAUCAUUGAGUUGUUUGUAUUUUAAAUGCUUGUUUUCAUCUGAGUCUUCAGGAUAACUAAUGCACAAAAGUUCCAUGUGAGAAGUUCAUUUCAGAAGGUAGAAGUUGGAUUGGGUUGGUUUAUAAAUGUCACAUACUCUGCAAUAGAGUGAAAAGCUGUUCAUAUAGUUUUAUUCAUUACACAGUGCAUUGUGGUAGUACAAGGUAAGACAAUAGAUGCAGAUAAGAUCUGACAACUACAGAGAGUGCAAUGCAAGUAAACAAUAAUCUGCAAGAUUAAGAUAGGUAGAUUGUGAGGGCAAGAGACCAUUUUGUUAUCCUUGGGAACUAUUCAAUAGUCUUAUAAGAGCGGGGUGGAAUCUGCCCUUAUGCCUGGUGUGUCAUACUUUUAGACUUUUUAAUCUGCCUAGUAGGAGAGGAGAGAAAUUACAAAUCCUUUUUAUAAUGUAUCCAUCUGGAACUAUUUGAAGCAAUCUAAAAACAUUGUUGAUCUCUCUCACGCUCUCUUUCUUGCGCGCGCUCUCAACUUCGUGUCAUUAUGAUGCAUGUUUAAAUAGAGACUUCAACACAGGAAAUCAUUGGUCACAUUGCAGGAAAUGAAUGCACCAAUAAUGCGAUGUGUGAAACAACUUGAAUCUUGGGUCACCAUGGCCAUGUCAGGUUUAUAUAAGAAACGUCCCAGUAAGGGAGUAGGAGAAGAUUUGGUAGAAUCGCUCUUAAACGGGCAUUAUUCAUGCGUGAAUAAUUGUUUUUGCUUUGAGUGUGAAGAGACAAUGACAGUUGUGCAUUUUCAAGUCACUCGCAAGUGAGGAAAGUAGAACCACUAAACUUUAAUUUUAAAAACGUAGGAGUACAUUGAUGUGUUGAAUGUUUCCCAGAGUCUUCAUGCAUUCCUAGAAAGCUUGAGUAUUUACAAUGCUGUUUGUUUGGUUUUCUUUUCUAUUUAUUAUAUAGCUGUUCCAACUGAAAUUGUUCCCAGUUUUGAAACAAACAUGAAUUGGAAAUGCACCUUAAAGAGGGUUUAAAAUUUUGUGUGCUAUAUAAAAAAAUCUAUCACUGAUACAAAAACACCCAAUAAGUGAAGAAUAACAUUUUAUAACCGGUGUAUGUAAUACCUUUUAAAAAAAAAAUGGGGAAUAAUGCUAGUGAAAUGAACUGGAUUGUGGCUAAUGUGUUUGACUUGCCCCAUUUAUCUUAAUAAGAUAGAGUGUAAGUGUUUCAAUAGAUGUGUAGGAAAUUUCAGAUUUUUAAAAAAAAUCCUUGGCAAUCAAUAAAAAUGUCCUCCAAU